GUUUUAUUUAGAUGAUCCUACACCAGACAGUGCAUAUAUCUACAGUAUUGUGCAAGAUCUGAAUCAAGUACUGCUACAUUAGAAAACGAGAGAGAGAGAGAGAGAGGGAGAGAGGGAGGCAGGGAGAGAGGGAGAGAGAGAGAGAUGGUGAAUACCUUCAAGAUACUGGCACCAGUAAUAAAAUGGGUGAUGAAACUAUUCGGGUUGAUACCUAAACUAGUAGAAAUCGAACCCGGGACAGUCCUCAACAUAUGGUUACCAUCCGAAACCUCGAAAACCACCACACCACACACCAACAAGCCCGCUGUAGUAUUUCUCCACUGCUUUGCUGCCAAUGGCAUCCUCACAUGGCUCUUCCAAGCCAUCUCUCUCUCCAACACCUACUCCGUCUACGUCUUCGACCUAAUAUUCUUCGGCGACUCCACCACCGACAAACCAGACCGCACCGCAACGUUUCAAGCCGAGUGCGUCGCCAAAGCACUACACAAACUCGGCGUCGAACAAUGUACGAUUGUUGGACUUAGUUACGGUGGCAUGGUAGGUUUCGAAAUGGCGAGAAAUUAUCCCGACUUGGUGGAGUCAUUGGUGGCUUCCGGCACGGUGAUGGAGCUGACGGAGUCGAUCACUGCAGCUUCAUUGGCGAAACUGGGGGCUGAUAGUUGGUCGGAAUUGUUGAUGCCGGACACCGUUGACGGUGUAAAAAAAGCGUUGACGGUCGGCACGCAUGAGUUGCCAUGGAUCCCUAAUAUCUUUUUUCGGCAUUUUCUAGAGGCUAUGUUUGAUAACAGAAAAGAGAGAAACGAAUUGUUGAAGGCUCUGGUCGUUAAAGAUAACGAUGCAGCUUUACCCAUUUACACACAGAGAAUCCAUCUGAUAUGGGGAGACGAUGAUAAAAUUUUCAACUUGAAAGUUGCAGACAACAUUAAGCAAAUAUUGGGAGACAAAGCAAGUCUUGAAUGUAUAGAGAGGUCAGGACAUCUCACACCACUGGAGCGGCCUUUUGUCUUUAAUCAACACCUCAAGAAGGCUCUUGCUUCCUUUCAUACAGAAAUUAAACAAAAAUAAUGAUUGUGCAUUUUAUUUACUUGAUUCAUUCACACACAUUGUUAUUAUGAACACAUGCAAUCAAUUUUCA